AUGGAGCUGCAGGAUAAGAAGCAGGAGGAGGAGCCCACUCCACUUGGACUUUCCACUGCACAGGCACUGGGAACUCUACGAGACCAGUUGGAAAGUUUACUGGAGCAGCACCAGAAAUUUGGCCGACGUCGGUACACUCUGAAGGAGCUGUGGUCCAAGAGUUUCCUUCACCAUAACAACCGUCACUCUUGUUUUCAUUGGCCGGGAGCGGCCCUCACGUUGCUGGUGGUGUUUGGGCUGCUUUGUUGCCAUGGCAGCCAGCCCCGGGGCAGCCUUGGUAUCGAGCUGGUGAAUGCAGGAGCACUUCUCCUCCUCCUCCUGCUGAACCUCCUCCUGAUUGGGCGGCAACAGAAACUCAAGAGAACUGAGAUGGUCCGCAGACUCAAAACGAUCAUCAAACAGCUAAACGAUCAUCUUGAAGGAUGUCCGGGACAGCCAGUCCGCUGGGCUCCCUCCCUUUACCCAGACCUGUACACGCCCCCUUCCCCGUCCUGGUCCCUUCAUUGGACAUAUCGAGAUGAGCAAUUGGUCAAUCUGCCUGUCAGUCUGCUGGUAGAGGGUGAUGUCAUCGCCCUGAGACCGGGCCAGGAAGCCUUUGCGUCUCUCAGAGGCAUCAAGGACGACGAACACAUAGUUCUGGAGCCAGGAGACCUCUUCCCUCCAUUCUCUCCUCCUCCGUCCCCGCGGGUGAACGAAAAGAGGGGAGCCCACACCCCCCAGCAGUUCCGUCUCUUCAGGGUGGUCCGCACCCCCAUCCUGGACAGCGUCAGGAACAGUCUGGAUCUGGUCCUCUCUCGGCCAAUCACAGCCCUGGAUAACGAACGCUUUACGGUGCAGUCCAUCAUCGCAAAAUACGCCAGCCCAGCCGUCCUGGUGGCAUUCUUCACAGUUAACACUAUACGGUACUUUUGUGACUUUCCAAGUCUCUCCCCUGGAGCCUUCAACUUCAUCCAGCUACAGUUGAUGGGAGUCUUGCCCAUUCUGCCUCUGCUGUUUCCUGUCAUGUGGAUCCUGGUCAAUGCUUAUGGAGAGGCCCGGGUGUUAGCCGAGUCCAGCCGCAACUCCCCCACUGGACUGCUUGCUAAGUUCUCUGAGGACACUCUAAGCAGCUACACGGAAGUGGUGUCCUCCCAGGAGAUGCUGCGGUGUGUGGGGAGAAACCUGGUCAGUGUGUUGAAAGGAGAGUCCCAGACGCUGUGCUACACCUCCAGCCUGCUCCACAACCUGGGCUCCGUCACUGUCUUGUGCUGCGUCGACAAACAGGGCAUUCUGUCCUGGCCCAACCCCAGCCCGGAGACGGUCCUGUUUUUCAGCGGCCGGGUCGAACCGGCCCACGACAGCCAGGAUGACCUCAGAGACGACCUCUCCGUCAGCUCCCUCUGCCGGAUAGAGGGAGAGAUGGACAGAGAUGAGGCUCAGGAAGGAGAGGCCCUUUUGUGCCCGCCCACCGUGGAAGCCUCCGUUUACACGGCCAAUGAGCAGGAGCCGAGCGAGGCGUCACAUGACACGGGCCGCUCCUCCAAUACGCAGCGCUCUCGCCGCGCCCCUCAGGGUACACGCACCAAACACCCGUCAGGAUCCAACGUCAGCUUCAGCCACGACACGGAGGGCGGGGAGGACGACCUCGCGCAGCUGGUAGGAGCAGGUGACGGAGUGUGUUGUGAGGCGGAGGAUUUUGUGUGUGAUUAUCAUCUGGAGAUGCUGAGUCUGUCCCAGGACCAGCAGAACCCGGUCAGCAUCCAGUUUGACGACUCGGGCUGGCAGGGUCACCUGUCCUCUCUGAAACCGCUGGGUCUGAACAUCCUGCUGAACCUGUGUAACUCCAGCGUCACUCAGCAGCUGUGUCGUUUUUCUGACCACCUGUCCAACCUGGCCCUGCAGGAGAGUCACGGCUCCGUACUCCCCGUGCACGUGCCCUGGGGUCUGUGUGAACUCUCACGCCUUAUAGGUUUCACCCCUGGUGCCAGGGAGCUGUUUAAACAGGAGAACCACUUGGUGCUGUACCAGCUGCCCAGCGGAGAGAAGGCCAAAGAGUGUGCCCCUCGACGCUUACAUCACUUCACCAAACGCCAACCACCAAUCAGCCACCUGAUCAGCCUCCUGGUCCGGGACAGCACCACCAAUAAUGUCCAGAUGCUGUCACAUGGCUCUGCUGACCUCAUCUUGGAGGCCUGCACAGACUUCUGGGACGGCGCUGAUAUCUACCCCCUCUCUGGCUCUGACAGGAAGAAGGUUCUUGAUUUCUACCAGAGAGCCUGUCUGUCAGGGUACUGCUCUGCAUUUGCCUAUAAACCCAUGCAGGUGGCGCUGUCUCCUCAGCUCAAUGGGAAGUGUGUGGAGCUGGCCCCUGGCCCCGCCCUCUUCUCGGGGGUGGAGCUUCCCAACACCACGCCCAUCAAACACAGCAGCCGCAGAAACAGCUGGAGCUCAGAUGAGGGGAUAGGUGAGGGCGUGGACCGGGAGGACUGUGUGCAGGCGUUGAGUGGUCAGAUCUUUAUGGGAAUGGUAUCGUCCCAGUUCCAGGCCCGACUGGACACUGUCAGACUGAUAGAGUCACUGGUCACAGCCUGUAUCCGAUUCGUCUAUUUCUCCAUGGAAGAUGAACUGCGUAGCAAGGUGUUUGCGGAGAAGAUGGGUCUAGAGACAGGGUGGAACUGUCAUAUCUCUCUGACUCCUAACGGUGACGGACAGUGUGAUGGAGCACCUUCCAGUCCCAGCCAGGCAGGAUCCCUACACGACGACCUGCUCCAUGACUCGCGGGACGAUGCAGAGGGGCCGUUACUCCCAGAGGAUGAAGGCCAGUCGGAUCUGGCCAGCUUCCAGCCCACAGACAGUGACGUUCCCAGUUUCCUGGAAGACUGCAACAGAGCCAAGCUGCCUCGUGGGAUCCAUCAGGUGCGUCCUCACCUGAAGAACAUUGACAAUGUGCCGCUGCUGGUGCCACUCUUCACUGACUGCACACCCGAGACCAUGUGUGAGAUGAUGAAGAUCAUGCAGGAGAACAGAGAAGUGACCUGUUGUUUGGGAAGCUCAGCAAACUUCCGCAACAGCUGUUUGUUCCUUCAGAGUGACCUCAGUUUGUCCUUGGACCCGCUGUACCCGUCCCGUUGCUCUUGGGAGACGUUUGGUUACGCCGCGGGCUGUGGACAGAGAGAGGACCGGGACGCUCUCACUCCGCUCAGCCUGUCUGCCAAUCUCAACAGUCUGGCCUGCUCCGUGUCCUUCCACCAGGGAGAGAGUGUCAGCAUCGUCAAACUCAUCGAACAGGCCAGACACACUACUUACGGCAUUAGAAAGUGUUUUCUGUUCCUGCUGCAGUGUCAGUUGACUCUGGUCAUCAUUCAGUUCCUGGCAUGUCUCACACAACUUCCUCCUCCCAUGAACAUCACGGACAUCCUCUGGCUUUCCUGCUUCUGCUUUCCCUUACUAAGUGUGUCUUUCCUGGGGAAGCCACCUGACAAUUCCGUGAUGACAGUUGCCACAGGAAAGAAUUUAGACGACAUUCCCAGAAAGACUCAGCAGUACUUCCUGGGCUGGUUCCUGAUGAAGUUUGGCUUGACGGUGUGUGUGUACCUACUGGGGUUUGGCUUCUCCCUGCAGGAAGUGUGUAACCUGGCAACAAACAUCACUACAUCUGACAACAAUACUGUCACCUGCUCUGCCAUCCUCACCGCGAGCUCUACGCCUGGUGCCCCUCAGUGGUUCAGUGAAUUCUCUAACGGACUGCUGAUCAUUCAGAAAGUCAUGGCAGGGUUCCUGGCUCUGCACACAGUGGUGAUCUCUCUGAGUUAUGUGCAUCGCUCUCAGCCCCUGUGGAGAAGGAACCCGUUCAGUAACACAUGGUGGUGUCUCACUGUGCCUGUGGUGCUGUCAGGGCAGGUGGUCCAGGCUGUUGUGGAUUAUCAUCUGUGGCAGGAUCGGGAGUCUCCAGUCAUCUUUACCCUGAGUCAUGUGCCUCUGGUGGUCUGGCUACUGGUGUCUCUGUCUGUCGUAUUGGUGGUACUGGUCAAUGAGGCUGUCAAACUCCACGAAAUCAGGGUGCGAGUGCGAUACCAGAAACGACAGAAGCUCCAGUUUGAAACCAAGCUUGGGAUGAAUUCUCCGUUCUAAGCGACGUUGGGUUAAAGUGAGAGGGAAGCCCCUGUGC